UGAUGAUCUAAUUGAAUUAUGCCUUUUUGUUCCAGGGACUACAGAGCACGUGCUGGAGGCAAUUGAUUAUCGGAAUGUGGCCAUAUCAAAACGGGCACUGGGCACUAGGAGACUCGCACAGCGACGGAAAGUUGCAGCCCCUGGUUGCGCCUCGGGGGUCUCCCGGCAGUGUCCAACCGCUGCCACCUCGCUCCAACUACGGCAUUUCGGAGAUCUCUUCCUUCGCCCGCACCGUCGCCCACCUCGGUUGGAUCGACCGCGCCCAGAACAUCCCACCCAUGACGAUGCUCCUGGACGGAGGCCCGCAGUUCCCCGGGCUGGGAGUGGGCAGCUUCAGUGCGCCGCGCCACCACGAGAUGCCCAACCGCGAGCCGGCGGGCAUGGGGCUGAAUCCCUUCGGGGACUCGUCCCACGCCGCUGCCGCCGCCGCUGCCGCCGCCGCUGCCUUCAAGCUGAGCCCGGCCGCGGCACACGAUCUGUCUUCGGGCCAGAGCUCCGCGUUCACGCCUCAGGGUUCUGGCUACGCCAACGCCCUGGGUCACCAUCACCACCACCAUCACCACCACCACCACGCCGGCCAGGUGCCCAGCUACGGAGGCGCUACCUCCGCCGCCUUCAACUCCACGCGCGACUUUCUGUUUCGCCAGCGCAGCUCUGGGCUCGGCGAGGCGGCCUCGGGUGGUGGGCAGCACGGGCUCUUCUCCGGCUCGGCAAGCAGCCUGCACGCGCCAGCCGGCAUCCCCGAGCCCCCAGGCUACCUGCUCUUCCCCGGGCUGCAUGAGCAGGGCGCCGGGCACCCGUCGCCCGCGGGGCACGUGGACAAUAACCAGGUCCAUCUGGGGUUGCGUGGGGAGCUGUUCGGCCGUGCGGACCCGUACCGUCCGGUGGCCAGCCCGCGUACGGACCCCUACGCAGCCAGCGCGCAGUUCCCUAACUACAGCCCCAUGAACAUGAACAUGGGCGUGAACGUGGCGGCCCACCAUGGGCCCGGCGCCUUCUUCCGUUAUAUGCGGCAGCCCAUCAAGCAGGAGCUGUCGUGCAAGUGGAUCGACGAGGCUCAGCUGAGCCGGCCGAAGAAGAGCUGCGACCGGACCUUCAGCACCAUGCACGAGUUGGUGACACAUGUCACCAUGGAGCAUGUGGGGGGCCCAGAGCAGAACAACCACGUCUGCUACUGGGAGGAGUGCCCCCGCGAGGGCAAGUCCUUCAAGGCGAAGUACAAACUGGUCAACCACAUCCGUGUGCACACGGGUGAGAAGCCCUUCCCAUGUCCCUUCCCGGGCUGUGGGAAGAUCUUUGCCCGCUCCGAGAACCUCAAGAUCCACAAGAGGACUCACACAGGUGAGAAACCUUUCAAAUGUGAAUUCGAAGGCUGUGACAGACGCUUUGCCAACAGCAGCGAUCGCAAGAAGCACAUGCAUGUGCACACCUCGGACAAGCCCUAUAUCUGCAAAGUGUGCGACAAGUCCUAUACGCACCCGAGCUCCCUGCGCAAACACAUGAAGGUUCAUGAAUCUCAAGGGUCAGAUUCCUCCCCUGCUGCCAGUUCAGGCUAUGAAUCUUCCACUCCACCCGCUAUAGCUUCUGCAAACAGUAAAGAUACCACUAAAACCCCUUCUGCAGUUCAAACUAGCACCAGCCACAACCCUGGACUUCCUCCCAAUUUUAACGAAUGGUACGUCUGAGGACAAACACAAACACAAACCCUGUUAACCAUAGAAUGGACCAAAUGCAUUUUUAAAAGGAAACAGACCAAUCAGAUGGAAAUGGAGUUUUAAGGCAAGCAGCCAUACAUAGGGCUACAUCUUGUAAUUGCAAUUAUCCAGGAAGUUUUUGGGCAAGAUCCAAAAGUAACCAUGCCCUUUUCUCAGGAUUAGAAAAUAUGUUUUGGCAUUUGAAGGAUUUUUAAAAAAAAUCUUUUCACUGCUUUUUCUUCCCCUUCUUCUGCUCUCCACCCACCCCAUCCCUAAACUCCUUCAAUUCAUUUUAACACUUGUCCUGUUUCUUGAGAGGAAGUUAGAGGAGGCUUGGUGGUGGUGAUGUUAAACCGAAGGAAAUUCUUCUUCGCCUUAGUAGUGAUUGUUCAAACUCUCACAGUCUUAAACCGUGCCAAAGUCCUGUUAUGUCUUGAACUUUUCCUCAAAGCAUUACACUUGUGAAUGUAUUUUUGUCUAAUGGGGUCAAAACUGUUGUUCAGUAUUUUUUCAGGCUGAGGAUGUGAUGUUACGUUACACAGAUUGUGACUUUAGUAUGCAGUUGCCUUUUGUAAUAACUUUUUUUUGUAAAUACAUAUCCAUUGAUGCCAUAUUUAUCGUUUGUAAUUUAAUUGUUGCUACAAGUGCCGGGAACUGAACAAUAUUUAUGGAUAAAUGUUUUCUAACAUUAUGUACAGCUUUUGAUUAUAACUGCUUUAGCAUUAAAAAUUUAUUGUUUUGAAAGAACACAAUUUACAAUUUUUGAACCACUGACUCCUUUCUCUUGUUUGUAACAGCCUCCUACAAAGAGAUGUGAGCAAAUUAAAUCUUGUUUGUUGGUAUUUAUAACUCAGAUACCUUUUUUAAUUGUUAAAUUAUUUUUCUAUUGCAGUAGAUUCCUUAACAGUGUCAGAUUCCAUGUGGGGAGACCCUUCUUUCUUUAACUCUAGCUCAGAUGGUUGUUUAACUGCUAGUUUAGAUGCAUUUAUCCUGAAUUUUUGGCAUGCAAAUCAAAUAUUACUGAUAAUUCAGUUAGUGGCCAUGACAUCUCAGUCUUGUACUUCAAAGACUGAGAAGCUGGAUUUAAUCAUCUCUGCCCUACUUAUAUAAACCUAAGGUAACCUAAUGAAUUUUAUGUCCCUUAGUUUAUUACCUUACAUAAAAAUGAACACUGUGGCAGGAUGCAUGUCUGUCUAUAUUAUCUAGAAAUCAACCAUAUAUGUUUGUAUCUAUGACUUAUGUACUCUAAUCUGCCUAUCAAAUCUAUCUAGCUAUCUAUAUAUUUUCAAAAGAUAGCAUAUGCCUGGAGCAGUGGUGAUGAGUAAGGCCAGUUGAGCAGUGCUUACCUAUGGUUAAAAGUGCUUCUUAAAAGAACCAUAGCCCAUUUACAAUUCUGGAAGGCAAAGGCUGAUUUGUUUUGUGUAUAUAGUUCAAUUCACAAUUAUCACAAUUAUUCAUAGCAUUUAUAUAGUGGUGUAAUAACUGCAGCAGUUCUGAAAUUAUCCAAUGGAAAGAAACAUUUGCAAAAUAUGUAUUUUUAAAGUUCGUGGUUUUUA